GAACCCCCCUCCCCCCCCAUCGCAGGCCUGAGCCAUGCAGAAGGCGGGACUGCUGCUUGGUGGCUGUGUGCGGGCGUGGAAGUCCGCGAGGAUGGCCAGUUCCAAGGUGACCCGCCAGAACCCGCUCCAGAAUAAGGUGGCCCUCGUGACGGCCUCUACCGACGGGAUUGGCUUUGCCAUCGCCCGGCGUCUGGCCCAGGAUGGAGCCCACGUGGUUAUCAGCAGCCGAAAGCAGCAGAAUGUGGACCGUGCAGUGGCCACGCUGAAGGGGGAGGGGCUGAGUGUGACAGGCACCGUGUGCCACGUGGGGAAGGCCAAGGACCGGGAGCGCCUGGUAGCCACGGCGGUGAACCUUCAUGGAGGUAUCGACAUCCUCAUCUCCAAUGCUGCUGUCAACCCCUUCUUUGGGAACCUAUUAGACACCACUGAGGAGGUGUGGGACAAGAUUCUGGACAUUAAUGUGAAGGCUGCAGCUCUGAUGACAAAGGCAGUAGUGCCGGAGAUGGAAAAACGAGGAGGUGGGUCAGUGGUGUUUGUGGCUUCCAUAGCAGCCUUCGCACCAUUUCCUGGCCUGGGCCCUUACAAUGUGAGUAAAACAGCCUUGCUGGGUCUUAGCAAGAACCUGGCCCUUGAGCUGGCACCAAAGAACAUUAGAGUGAACUGCCUGGCACCUGGACUCAUCAAGACUAAUUUCAGCAGUGUGUUCUGGAUGGACAAAGCAAAAGAGGACAGCGUAAAAGAAAGCAUGCGUAUUAGCAGGUAA